AUGGGAAGUAGCUCCUCCAGCCAGCACUACUUCGCUUUUCAGAAUGCUGAGAAAGCCUUCAAGGCAGCAGCCCUGAUCCAGAGAUGGUACCGGCGCUACAUGGCCCGCCUGGAGAUGAGGCGGCGGUGCACCUGGAACAUCUUCCAGUCUAUAGAGUAUGCUGGACAGCAAGACCAGGUCAAGCUCCAUGAUUUCUUUAGCUACCUUGUGGAUCACUUCACGCCCAGCAGCCACCAUGAGAGGGACUUCCUGAACCGCAUGUUCACCGAGGAGAGAUUUGCCCAGGAUGUGGAGACAGAGAAGGGCGGUAACUAUGAAUCCAUAGAGGUGCCGGACAGCUACACAGGACCACACCUCUCCUUCCCCCUUCUUCCCGACCAUGCCACUGCCCUGGUGGAAGCUUUCAGGCGGAGACAACAACUCCACGCUCGCUACGUCUUGAAUCUUUUGUGUGAGACCAGGAAACACCUGGCCCAGCUGCCCAACAUCAACCGGGUCUCUACCUGUUACAGCGAGGAGGUCACAGUGUGCGGAGAUUUACAUGGCCAAUUGGAUGACUUAAUUUUUAUAUUUUAUAAGAACGGUCUACCAUCACCAGAGAGGGCGUACGUGUUCAACGGUGACUUCGUGGAUCGGGGCAAGGACUCAGUAGAAGUCCUGAUGGUCCUGUUUGCCUUCAUGUUGGUUUAUCCCAAAGAGUUCCAUCUUAACAGAGGAAACCAUGAGGAUCACCUAGUGAACUUACGAUACGGCUUCACCAAGGAAGUGAUGAAUAAAUACAAGAUACAUGGGAAGACAAUCCUAAGAACACUCCAGGAUGUCUUCUGCUGGCUUCCGCUGGCCACACUGGUUGAUGAGAAAGUCCUGGUUCUUCAUGGCGGGGUCUCAGACAGGACUGACUUGGAACUUCUGGCUAAACUAGACAGGCACAAGAUUGUUUCUACCUUGAGAUGCAAAAUGAGAAAGGACAGUGAGAACCGGGAGGAGAAGAGAAAAGUUACCCAGACAAGCUCUGGACCGAGCCCCACUCCGUGGUUUCUUCCUCAAAGCCGCUCUCUCCCCUCUUCACCUUUUCACCUGGGCUCUGGCUUUAAGGCUGACAAAGCCAGCCGGUCCUGCAGCAUUCCCUGCAGCUCGGUUGACCACAAGGAGCAGUCCCGGCAGGGGAGGCACUCGGUGGACCUGGAGCUGGAGCGGUGUCGGCAGCAAGCGGGCUUCCCAGGGAUCAGAGAGAAGAGGGAGCCCUUGCCCUUGGCCGCCGACACCGACUAUGAUGCUGAUGCAGGUGGGGUCCUGGAGCCCACUCCAGAGGAGUGGAAGCAGGUUGUAGAUAUUCUGUGGAGUGAUCCCAUGGCUCAGGAGGGCUGCAAGGCCAACACCGUCCGAGGGGGAGGCUGUUACUUCGGGCCUGAUGUGACAGAAGAGUUGCUGGAGAAAUACAAGCUGCAGUUCCUGAUUCGGUCACAUGAAUGCAAACCGGAAGGCUAUGAAUUCUGCCACAACCGCAAGGUGUUAACCAUCUUCUCUGCCUCCAACUACUAUGAAGUUGGCAGUAACAGAGGUGCCUAUGUUAAACUGGGACCAGCCCUGACUCCGCAUAUUGUGCAAUAUCAAGCUAACAAGACGACACACAGGCUAACCAUGAGGCAAAGGAUCAGCAGGGUGGAGGAGUCAGCCCUGAGAGCCCUGCGGCAAAACUUAUUUGCUCAUUCCUCAGACCUGCUUGCGGAAUUUCAGAAGCAUGAUGCGGAUGACAGCGGCGUAAUCACCCUGAGUGACUGGGCGGUGGCUGUGGAGUCUGUACUACACCUGGGAUUGCCAUGGCGGAUGCUCCGGCCACAGCUGGUGAACAGUUCGGUGGAUAAUGUGCUGGAGUACAAGACUUGGUUGGAGAGCUUGGCCAAAGAGCAGCUGAGCCUAGAGAACAUACAGUCGAGUCUUCUGGAAAAACUCUAUCGAAACCGGUCCGACUUGGAGACAAUUUUUAGGAUCAUAGACAGUGAUCAUUCAGGAUUCAUCUCCCUGGAUGAGUUCAGACAGACUUGGAAGCUCUUCAGCUCCCAUAUGAACAUCGACAUCACAGAUGACAACAUCUGUGACCUCGCCAGAAGCAUCGACUUCAACAAGGAUGGCCACAUCGACAUCAAUGAGUUCCUGGAGGCCUUCCGCCUCGUGGAGCAGUCCUGCUCUGAGGGCCAUGCCCCUGCUUGCCUACAGUCCAUAGACACUGAGGAGAGUGGUCGAAGCAGUCCAGGUCUGCACUGAGGACAGCUUGGUCCUUAUCACCUACGGUGCCUAUCGGCAGUGGCAAGCUUAUGACUCCACAUGGACUUGGGGGCUUUAGGCUGAGAAUUACCCACCAGCAGGCACUGGAAUCCAGAAUCACCUGUCCAUUUGCUGGUGGGUGUGCUAGACAUGGUGUGUGUGUGUGUGUGUGUGUGUG